AUGGCCCCGCCGCAGAAAAAGAGCUCCCGUCAGUCCGCUCCUACUACCAUACUUGCCCUCGGCGACGACCUCCUGCGUGAGAUAUUCCUCCGCCUCCCCUCCCUCCCGACCCUCGUCCGCGCCGCUCUCGCCUGCCCCGCCUUCCUCCGCUCCGUCCGUUCGUCCCCCGCAUUCCGCCGCCGCUUCAGCGACCUCCACUCGCCCACCAUCCUCGGCGCAUUCCUCGUCGACGACGACACCCCCAUGUCCACCUUCGCGCCCGUGCGCCUCCCCGGCCGCCGCUCCGACCCGGACCACGCCGCCGCCCUCCGCGGCCUCGAUGUCUUCUUUACCCGUCUCCCCGAUGCUAUCGACGAAGAUGAAGACGAAGGGUGGUCAAUGUUGGGGUGCCGCGAUGGGUAUGUCCUUCUCGUCACGCCGCGAUGCAACACCAAGAAGGUGGCCGUGUACGAUCCCCUCGCCGGAGCCCUGCAUCUCUUCCCCGGCCCGCCUGAUGAGGUGUUCAGCGGGGACCCCGAAUACACUGAAGCUGAGUUCCACAUGAUCCCCUCCGAAGCCGACGACCGGUCGUUUCGCGUGCUCUGCGUCCCCAAGGAAGACGGGGGAAAGCAGAUCGCCGUCUUCUCACCGAACACCAUGGAGUGGCAGAUUUCCCCAACACCGUGGAGCCUCCAGGAUGCUGGGAAUGUAGAGCUAGUGAGGAACGGGCUUGUUUACUGGGCAUCUUCAGACCAAGACGAAGACCAAGACGACGACCACUAUAUCCCUGUGCUGGACACUGCAACGCUGCAAUUCUCUCAAACCCAUCUGCCGAUUGGGCCUUCCGGUGUCUUAGGUGAGACCAACGAUGGGAAGCUCUGUUUGGCUCGCAUGCAUUACGAUAACCUUGAGCUUAUGGUUUGGGUCCUAAGGGCUGGUCGUGACGGCGUCGAUAAAUGGAGGAAGAACAGGACAUUUCAGAUGGUGGAUGCUAUGGAUAAGCUCACUCUCAACAUUAUAGACGAGUGUCCUUCGCUCAAUGUCGUGACUAUUGACCGUGGCGUCGUGUAUUUGACUAUUCACCAGAAGGAGCCUCCUAACUGGCUCCUAUCCUUCUGCAUUGAAACAAGGGAGCUACAGAAGCUCUGCCGGAUCACUAGAUCCGAGUUCUGCUAUCCCUACAUCAUGGCGUGGCCUCCCUCUUUGGUACGCAACAAGGCAGGAGCAGCUUAGUCCAUCACCUCUCAAAAUAAAUAAAUGACAGGCAACUAAGUCUGGCAAGAGCUACCAGAUGCGACAACCGGCUUAUCCAGUUAAUGUCCCACUGAGCUGCCCGAAACUAUUAAGGCCAGAAUGAGAAGCAUAUGUUCCAUUCAAUACAUGCUGCAGAAGUUCUUUCAAGCUCGGUAGCUUGGCUGGUUAGAAACCGGAAUUGCAAGUUUACUGUAGGUGCUACAGCAUGCUGGUCUUUGUUGAUCCACAAGGAGAAUCUGAACUAUCUUCAGCUAUAACUUGUAUGUGACUGUCAAGCGGCAAGCAACUAUGUGAUGAUACCAUGAUGUAA